GUACCAAUUGUGCGAAUAAUACAUCGAUAAAAAUGAAGAGCGUUGGCAACACUGUAACCUUACACACAGCUGACUCGUCUGUCAGCAAUUUGCUUCACGACACGUGCAUUUUUGCCCGCUGCAUCUCGCGAAACUAUACUUUUUUGCAACUGACAUCAUUUCCGUUUAGAUGCAAUUGUAAAUUUAUGAAGUUAACAAUAAAUUACUUUAUUAAAAUGUGUAAUAAUUUCGAGUACAUGUGUUAAAACGCGCUGUUAAUCCUUUGGAUGUCAAGAUUUUGCACACUUCGGCUGACACCGGCUGGUGCAUGCAUGUUGAUUGCUUCGGUUUGCGAUUAGCGAUUUUAAAUGUUGAAAUUCAUUGUGUUGCAUUACAAGUUGCUCAUUGUGUUUAAAAAGUGAAAAUUAUUCAUAAAUGCUGCAAUAUUUGUGAAUUUCAACGAUAAAUUGUUGUUUGUGUUUUUCUUAAAUUUUGCAUACAACAAAUUUGUAGGUAAUCAAAAACCCCACCCCUCCCUUUUGUAGCGCAACAAAAUCCAACCAAAGCAGAGCAAUUUAAUUCUUCCAUUCCAUAUUGUGAAUGUGAGUGUUGUUUUUGAAAAUAUUAAAAGAAAAGUGCAUUUAAUAAAUAGAAUUGAUAAUAAAUUGUGCAAGUGAAAUAUAUGCGAUAUUGGUUUAAUAGAAAAUGUUGGAACAUCGGGUGUUGCGCUACACAUUUUAUGGUCUGACUACGACCGUUUCGGUAGUGUUGUUGUCAGAAAUCUUUUAUCGUGGCUAUUUGUACGUGCGCGAACGUUUGUGGCGUCGCGAUGCAACUGAUGACGAAAUAGCCGAAGUCAUCUGGACGAAUGAGUUGACACAAAGCUGCGCUGGUGGUCACAUAUUAAAAUCGCCAGCGGAACGUAAAAGUCCCACAUAUGAAAGCCCAUCGAAGGGCAUGAUUGAAAAUGGACAUAUUACGAAAUUACCUACUCCUAGUGCUAGUCCUUCCUGUGAGAAUCGGUACUGUGCUGCCAAUAACGUCGGUCGUUUAAUAGCGUUAAUUGAUAAAUCAAAAUAUACCAUUGAUCUAGCAAUGUAUACGUUUACAUCCUACGAUCUGUCGCAGGCAUUUAUGCGUGCCAUUCGCAGAGGAGUCUCUGUACGCAUAAUAAGUGACAAAGAAAUGGUGUACUCCAGUGGUUCACAGAUUAUAACGCUAACAAAGGCAGGCGUGCCCGUUCGUUGUCCCAUGACCACAAUGCUAAUGCAUCAUAAAUUUUGCCUGCUGGACGGACCGAAACGUGCGCGUUCGGUACUAGGCAACGUCGGUCAAACAUAUGAUUCGCGUAAUGUAAAAGGUGUACUCAUGUCCGGCUCACUCAAUUGGACCAUGCAGGGUUUUGGUGGCAAUUGGGAGAAUAUCGUAAUCAGCUCCAAUAGAAUGUUGUUGGAGCAAUUCGAAGAUGAAUUUCAACGCAUGUGGUUAGCAUUCGCUCCACGUCUGAGCUCUUAAACAACGAAUGUGAAAGGUAAGUACGAAAUGGAAGGUUAUAGUUUACCAUUGGCUCCCACGUUUAGGCACUUCGAUAGACAUUUCCUAAUGCCGUUAAUUACAUACUUUAUUGUCAUAUGUCCACAAUGGGAUACUGGAUUUUCUCGCUAAGCCCUUUUGAUUGUUUUGCCGUUAAGCAUUUAUUUAGGAUGUAUGUCUGUACUUAUUUGUGUGAAAUCACGGUGGAUAAUGGCAACAAAUUAAUAUGCGGUUUACAAACUCACCUUUAAAAAGUCUUUCAUGAAAUGUGUUUUGCUAUUUUAUUUCUGGUUUUAUCUCUUGAUAUAUCUGCAUCUAUUGGUUAUUGAAUGGUGUUUUGUUUUUAUAAUGCAACCACAUUGUGUGAAAUUACAAUUAUAUACAUUAAUGUACAUACAUAUGUAUUGCUAUUAUUAUAUUAUAUUAGAAUACUCUGUGAAUAGAACUCUGGUACUGGAUAUUUGACUUUCAAUAUCCUUGUGAAAAUAUUUCGGCGGUGCGGAAGGACUUGGAAAAAACAUUUAUGUAAUUAUAUUAGAGUUUGAGACUAUUCUCGAAGCUUUAAAUUAUUAGUCUUACUAAGAUAUUUAUUAAGUUCAAUAUUUCACUAACUACCAGAUAUCAGUUACCUAUAAGCAGUUUCUGAAUGAGAUUUA